AUGACGAUUCCAGAUUCGUCGGCGUAUAGCUACAUGAUGGAGAAUGGGUCGACAGAACUGCCGUGCAUGCCGGAAGAGGAGAGGAGGAUUGUUGAGGAAUUGACUGCCAAAGCUGAGUCUAAUCAGCGGGAGGGGAACUUGUACUUCGUCGUUUGUAGCCGGUGGUUCAGAGAAUGGCAGAGUUACACUGGGCUAAAGGAAGGUGCUUAUCCAUUUGAAGAUCAUUUUAUUGUAUCUCGAUCUCUAAUAUUGGAUAGGCCAGGAGUUAUUGACAACAGGGGUAUAAUUGAGAGUGGAUUGGACUAUGACGUUGAUGACCCACAGCUUCUCAAAACUCUGGAGGAAUUGCGCGAUUAUGUUUUAGUUCCACAAGAAGUUUGGGAGAAGCUUUCGAAAUGGUAUAAAGGAGGUCCAGCGUUGCCACGGAAGAUGAUUUCUGUUGGGGAUCAACAGAAACAAUUUGUUGUGGAGGUCUUCCCCCUUUCUCUCCGGCUAACUGACUCUAGAGAUCUGAGUGAAGUAAUUAUAAGACUUAGUAGAAAGGCUUCCAUACACGACCUCUAUGUGAAAGUUUGUCAGCUUAAAGGCUUGCAAACCGAAAAGGCAUGCAUCUGGGACUACUUUAAUAAGGAGAAGCGAACUAUAUUAAUGUCGUCUAGCCAAACUCUGCAGGAGUGUAAUUUGGCGAUGGAUCAAAAUAUUCUUCUUGAGGUUCCAGCAGAUGAUCUUGGCAUGGAUUCAACCGGCAAUUUCUUAGCGUUGGUUCCAGUGGAACCAAUAAGAUUCCCUUUUUCGAUUGCCGGUGGCCCUACUAUGUCUAAUGGUAAUUCAACCGCUUAUAGCUCCAGCUUAUACCAAACAAGUGCAUCUACUUCCACUUACAGAGAUAUGGAAAAUGGAUAUGAUGAUUUAAAGCCUGUAACGAGGGGAGUUGGGGGAGGUUUGGCAGGAUUGCCAAAUGUGGGGAACACUUGCUUCAUGAAUAGUGCUCUUCAGUGUUUAGUUCAUACACCAAACCUGGCUGACUAUUUCUUGCAAGAUUACUCUGAUGAGAUCAACGAACAAAACCCUUUGGGAAUGCAUGGGGAACUUGCUCUUGCCUUUGGAUAUCUGUUGCGGAAACUCUGGUCUUCUGGUGGAGCACCAGUUGACCCUCGUGUGUUUAAGGGGAAGCUUGCUCGAUUUGCUCCGCAGUUUAGUGGGUAUAGCCAGCAUGAUUCUCAGGAACUCCUUGCGUUUUUGCUUGAUGGGCUUCAUGAAGAUCUAAAUCGUGUGAAACAGAAACCGUAUAUUGAAACAAAAGAUUUUGACGGUCGACCUGAUGAAGAAGUCGCGGAUGAGUUUUGGAGAUAUCACAAAGCCAGAAAUGAUUCGAUAAUUGUCGAUGUUUGCCAGGGCCAAUACAAAUCGACACUGAUUUGCCCUGUUUGCAACAAGAUUUCAAUAACUUUUGAUCCAUUCAUGUAUCUCUCCUUGCCUCUUCCUUCAACUGCUACUCGGUCAAUGACAAUAACGGUUUUCUAUGGUGAUGGAAGUGGCCUUCCUAUGCCUUUCACUGUUACGGUUCUCAAGGAAGGAUGCUGCAAAGAUCUUAUCAAGGCUUUGGGCAUUGCUUGCCAUUUAGGCAGUGAUGAAUACUUGCUUCUUGCUGAGGUCUAUAGACACCGAAUAUAUCGGUACCUGGAAAAUCCAUCGGAAUCUUUGGCUGAGGUUAGGGACGAGGAACAUAUUGUUGCAUACAGACUUCCCAAAAAAGACAUGGAUCUAACAAGGAUAGAGAUAUGCCACCGGUACCAGGAAAUUGAACGGAAGAUGUUUUUAACACCAUUAGUUACUUCCUUGGAGGACCCCCCACAAUGUGGAGCUGAUAUUGAGCUUGCCGUAAACCGAAUGCUCUCCCCUCUAAGAAGGAAAUCAUUUCUUACUUCAACAACAAUCCACUGCAAUGGAAAAGAAAAUGGCUGUGAUGAUAAUCAUGCAAUGGGAGAUCAAAUGGAGAUUUCAGGCACUGAGCCGGAACAUGAACUCCUCCAAUCAAGAGAUGAAAUGGAGCCAAAGGGCAUGUCAAGCCGAGAGUCAUCUCUCCAGCUUUGCAUUACUAAAGAUACGGGUUUUGGCUGCUGGCCUAUAGUAAAGGGCUCGCCCAUAAAGCCAGGUCGUACAGUCAAAGUUUUGCUCGACUGGACUGAAAAGGAACACGAGCUGUAUGAUGCCAGCUACCUAAAGGAUCUUCCUGAGGUGCACAAAGCAAAGAAAAUCAAGCAGGAGUCCAUCUCUCUAUUUUCGUGCUUGGAUGCGUUUCUAAAGGAGGAGCCCCUUGGUCUUGAUGAUAUGUGGUAUUGUCCUCGGUGCAAGGAACAUAGACAAGCAAGUAAAAAGUUGGAUUUAUGGAGGCUGCCGGAUAUACUUGUCUUUCACCUGAAAAGAUUCUCUCAUAGCCGAUGGCUGACGAACAAACUCGACAAGUUUGUCAACUUUCCUAUUCAAAACCUUGAUUUGAGCAGAUAUGUGAAGAGUGAUGAUGGCACGACAAGUGGCUCACAUGUCUAUGAGCUCUAUGCCAUCAGCAAUCACUAUGGGGGCCUUGGUGGGGGACACUACACGGCAUAUUGCAAGUUAAUAGAUGAGGACAGAUGGUAUGACUUUGAUGAUUCAUGCGUUUCGCCCAUAAACGAGUCUGAAAUAAAGACAUCGGCAGCUUAUGUGUUGUUCUACCGCAGGGUAAAAUCUACCCUAGGGUAA